AUGCAUUUCAACACCGCAGCCAGUCUCGCUCUGGCCCUCGCCAGUACUACUGCAGGCCUGUCGAUCCCCAAGGCCCCCGCGUCCGGUGUAUGCCCCAACAAGCAGUACUGGGACACGGGCAAGGGUUGCACCCCAUUACCUCCCCCCAAGAGAUGCUACUACAGCGGAUACUACGACACUGUUAAGGGUUGCGUGUCUGGCAGUCCCCCUAACGGACCUCCUAAACCAUUUUGCACCAUUGUCAAGAGUCUUAUAUCCGCCGGCCAUGAGACUGCCCAGGCCACGGCCUUUUGCUCUUCGUACCUUCACGUGCCCCUGUCGAUGGCGACCUCAAUAGUCACUUCUUACACUACGACUGUCACCAUCCACUCUACCAUUACGUCGGGGCAGUUCACAACCACAGACGCGACCGAGACUGUUACUGAGACCGACACCGCGACGGAGACGGACUCUGCAACCGUCACAGACUACACUACGACUGUGUCCACCAUCUCUACCGUCUCGACUACGUAUAUUACCACGUGCGCAUCUCCGACAGCCCCAGCGAAGCGUAGUGUUAAAAGCCCCUCGAAGCCCGGAUGCUUUGGAAAGUACCAGGCUGGCCAAGCCCUCUCCUCGGCCUGCAAGUGUCUCUCCAUCAAGCCAUCCACAACCACAAAAAAGACUACCCUGAGAACGCCCACCACAACCGUGGUCUCCAUCACAGUUCCCCAUACGGACGACGUGACUGCCACUGCUACAGCAACUCUUGUUGAGACGGAGACGAUUACCAAUACCGAGACGGACGUUUCGACGGUGACGAAUUAUGAAACAAUCUACACCUCCACUACUGCCGUGGUUGCUAUCCCGACUUUCAAAGUGUACGCUAUUGGCGGUGACAACAACGGCCACCCGUUCUACGACAUUGGCGACGGCAGAGUCGGUGAUGACGCUGAAAAUGGCGUCACCGUCCUCGAAUUUUCCAUCAACUCUGAUGGUACUCUGACGGCCGACAACGGAUCCAAGAGCGGCAGCGAAGGCGAAACUGACCCCAACGCAGGCGGCACGGAUUCGUACGUCAUGUUUGGUUCUAGCGGCAACAACCUGGUAAACGUGGUCUGCAAUGUGCUGUACAACGACGACGACACUUGCCCCUUGGCUUGCCAAGGGACCCGUGGAACUACCAAUUACGACUGCGGUGUGUAUUGGCGAAUUGGUAGCAGUGCGGAUGUGGGAAAUUGUUUCCAGUUCACUCCUUACGUUGUCGGUAGUCAGUAG